AUGGCUCAGAUCUUUCUCACUGGCGCCUCGGGCUACAUUGGUGGGGACGUUCUCCACGUCCUCAAGUCGACACACCCCGAAUACCAAUGCAGUGUUCUCUUGCGUGAUAGCGCCAAAGCAGAUGCCGUCUCCAAGGCGUAUCCCGAUGUUCGAAUUAUCCUUGGUGACCUGGAUAAUGUUGCAUUGAUUGAGGAAGAGGCGGCGAAGGCCGAUGUGGUCGUUCAUGCCGCGAGCAAUAGUCACGUAAAAAGUGCCGAGGCCAUUGCUCGCGGCCUGGCCAAGCAUACUGGUCCCAAGCCUGGUUAUUGGAUCCAAGUUUCAGGCGCAAGUGUGCUUUCAAUCUCGGACAUUGUGAGCGGCCGCUUCGGCGAGGGAUCCGACAGGGUCUACGGUGAUAUUGAAGACGCCAACGAGAUCCGUGAUAUCAUCAAACAGAACGCCGCCAAGCGCGUCAUGGACGACUACGUUUUGAACAAAGUCUCCGAUAUUAAGACUGCUCUUGUAUUCCCACCGAUUAUCUAUGGCCAGGGCAGAGGCCCCGUCAAAGGGCGGAGCGUGCAGAUCCCGGAGCUCUCCAGGAUUGCCAUUGAAACACGCGAGACCGUUCAGGUGGGCAAGGGGGAGAGUACCUGGAGCAAUGUCCACAUCGCCGACGUCGCCGACGUAUUCGUGAAGCUGAUUGAAAAGGCCAUCGACGGCAGUGAGGGUGAAUUUUGGGGCCAAAACGGUCUCUACUUCGUCGGCAACGGCAUGCUGAUCUCAAGUCUUGUCGCUGAGGCAGCUCACAAGCUUGGUCUGACAGACUCACCGACUGUGAAGACCAUCAGCGCCAGUGAAGCGAACGCCCUAUGGGCCCCCGCCAGCGUGUUCUGCGGUACCAAUGCCUGCCAGAAAUCAGAACGAAUUCGGCGUCUGGGAUGGGUUCCCCAGGGACAUUCAAUUGAGAAGGAGAUUCCGUUGACAGUGCAAGCGGAGGCGACUCGAUUGGGGAAACUGUAG